UUGAUUUGUGAAUAUGUCAGUCGAACAUUAGUAGAACAUUAUCACACAGCUCGUUCAACGUUUCGGUCGACACAUUCUCAAGUCAAGCUGAAACACAAAUCGUAAAAUCCAGACUAAAAUUAAAAUUAAAAAAUUUCUACUCAGUCUCAUUCAUUUGCUUUCACCUCUAUUUUAUAUUUGAUUUGAUAACCCUUUCGAUGAAAUUCAAUUGAAAACAUCCAACGCAAUCCACUGUCGAAUCCAAGCCUCAAAAGUGUUCGCGGCUACGUAAAUUGUGAAGAAUAUUUGAAUCUUCUUUAAGUUGGAAAACUAAAAUCAUUAAUCAAAUCUUACAAGAGGGUAAGACAGCAAAGUUUAGAGAUUGAGUUUAAAAGCAAAAUUAAGCCACAAACUAUUUAAAAAUAAAUUAAAUCGUUAAGAACAUAAUACUAAACGGGGCGGAUCACGAAGCAUCAAUUUUACACAAACGGAAGGUGGUAAUUGAAAUCUAUUGUGGCAAAGUAAGAUUAGUUCAUUAUCAAGGCAAAUAUUUAUACAGAGGAAAGAGUUUUAGGAAUCAUCAAUCAGCAAGACUUCGAGAGAAAAAAUCAAGGAAUCAAGCAUAUCUAUCAAAAUUCUGAUCAAUAUUCUGAAACACCAACCAUCUACGUGAAGGGUGAUUCAAGGCGCAACAUCGAAAGAUCACUGGUAAACAUUACAAUUAGAUAGAAGGACUUAUCGGAAAGAAUACCAGGAUGUCGGACAACUCGGCUGUUAGCUGCGUUCUCAAUGUUCUGCUGUGCGGAGCCACCGGCUUCGGCUUCGUCAAGAUCGGCUCACCGGCGGAGCAUCCGUAUGCGUUCAGCGCCUGUGUGAUUGGCUUCUGCCAUGGCCUUUUCGGUCUGGUGGAGUUUGCCGCCGGCAGUGACACCACCAAGAGCAUGAAGGAGACCACCACCUCGGUGAUGGAAAUUGUGCCACUGCCCCUGGUGAACGUUGAUCUGUAUCUGGGGGCCGAGAGCAACAACAUUGCUCUAGGCCACGGCCUUUUCAUUGUGCCGUUGGCCGUCAGCGUUAUCCUGGGCAUGGUCAAGGGCGGCGAGGAUGGCGGCGAAGAUGGCGGUCCAAUGGCCACCCUAAAGACCCUAACCAUUUUGGGCAACAUCACGUCGCUGCUGUACUUGGCCAUAAACGAGAGCAGCUUGAAUCUGGCCGGCAUGGCCUACUUGGCUUUCAUGGCCAAGUUUGGCGCCCAGUUCUGUGAGGAGAACGUUAGCGAGGGAUGCGGCGAGCCCAUUACCUAUGUCAGCUGGUCAGGAUUCUUUGUCCUGGCCGCUAUGGCUCUCUCUGGCGAGAAGUAGAACUACCCACCUCAAGGAAUACAAAGCAUAAUGGAAUGGACGCCCCUUUGAAUGGAUUUAUUUAAAAAAAAAACAGGAUUCAAUCAUACAUUUUUUUGAAGCCACCUACAAUAUCCUACAGCUAUAUAAUCCCAUUCAUUUGUCCAAUAUUUCUCGGAAUACAUAAUUUUCUUAUUGGACCCAAACCUCAAUCGACCUUGGACGAGCACAGAGUGAUGAAAAAAUUAUUGGAGUAUUAGAUGAUCAGCUUAAAAAUUAUGUCAAAAUCUGCAAGUGUCGUUAAUUCAAGUACAUUGAGAACAAAAAAAAAAUUAAGA